AUGCACCAUCAGUAUGAGUUCCACGUUCUGCCUCUCAGUACCAUCACCACCAUCCUGGUCUAUGCCUCUACUAGACACCAGCCGUCCAUAGAACCAGAAAACCAAACAACAGUCUAAGAAUUCCUCUUCCUGGGGUUCUCAGAAAAGCCAGAGCAUCAGACUCUCCUCUUUGGGCUGUUCCUCCGCAGGUACUUGGUCAUUGUCAUUGGGAACCUGCUUACUGUCCUGGCCAUCAUCUCAGACUCCCACCUCCAGUACUUCUUCCUCUCUAACUUGUCCCUUAUCGACACCUUCUUCUCAUCCACCACUGUCCCCAAGAUGCUGACGAACCUUUGGACCUAGAGCCAAGCCAUGCCCUUUGCUGGCUGCCUUGAACAAAUGUAUGCCUUCUACCCAUUUGGAACCAUGGAUAGCUUCCUCCUGGCCAACGGCGUUGACCAGUUCAUGGCCAUUGUCUGUCCUCUGCUCUGCCUUGUCAUCAUGAGCCCCCAUGUCUGUGGCUGCUGGUUGGCAGGUUGUAGCUGAUCACUAGCCUCAGUACUUGUGCACACCUGCCUCAUGGCUCAGCUGACCUUCUGUACAAGCCCCUAAAUCCCCCACUUCUUCUGCUACCUCAUGCCCCUGCUGAAGCCCUCCUGCUGAGACACACACACCAAUGAGCUGGUGAGCUUUGCUUUUGGCAUCCUCAUGGGCAUCAGCCCACUCUCGUGAAUCCUCUGCUCUUAUUCCUGCUUCUUCUGAGCAGUCUUCGAGAUUCCUUCCGCUCAGGGAAGCUUCUCCACUCGUGGCUCUCACCUUACCAUGGUGUCACUGUUCUAUGGCCCCAUCUUUGCUGUAGACUUGCAGCCUGCAUCUCCCACCUCCUCUCAGAAGGACAAGGCAGCUGCUCUGCUGUGUGGAGUAGUUAUCCCUGUGCUGAACCCCUUUAUCUACAGCCCAAGGAACGAGGACAUAAAGGCAGCCCUGAAGAAGCUCCUUGGCAUAACAGCCCCCCUUCAGCGUAGGGCAGAACAGUUACUGAGCACCUACAGUGUUCCGGGAUUGCAGUUGGAUGCUGGGGACACUGAGACACAUGCCAUCCAACCUUGAGGUGUUCAGAGUCUAGUGGGGGACAGUGACAUAUAA